CACAAAACAUUAUUCUAUAUUACUACUAGUUUCAACCUCUCUUACUCCUUCCCCAUCACUAGCUAGGAUAAGGUCAUUUUGGCUCUCUCUAGUGUUUCUAUGUUUGAUGUUCUCUUCUGAUUAUUUCUCCAACUAAGAUUGCACUUUUGCCUCUUUUCUCUCUCUCUCUCUCUCUCACACACACACUCUACCAUGGGUUGUCUGCCAGAGAAAUUUGCAACUUAGUCUUCACCAAAACUCUCUCACCCCCCCCCCCCCCCCCCCCCCCAUCUCUUUAGAGUAUGCUCUUUAAAUCCUGACCUUUACACUUUUCCUUUCUUGCAUUACAAACUCUCCUCAUACUCUCUCUUAACUCUUAUUAUAUAUAAAGCACAUGUUUUAGUUGGCUCCUGAGUCUUUUCAACAAGUCUGAUUUAUGAAAUAUCAUAUUCUAAUUUCACAAAACCUUUGCCUUUUAUUGUAAUUUAUACCUAAAGAGAUCUGCCCACAUGUUGCAUUGUAGUAAAAUAUUCAGUCUUUCAGCAUCUUAUAUACUAUUUGUGGGAUAUUUUUAGUCUUCACUCUUCUUUGGUUCAGCCAAAUUUGUAUAUUCAUACAAAGAACAAAACUUUUGUUGCUUCUUUUCAGUCUCUAUUUCUUGGUUUUCUUCCAUGAAAGAGGCUGAAAUGACUGUUCCUCACUUGUUCAGAUGUCCAAUCACUCUAGAAUUGUUCAAAGAUCCAGUCACUCUUUCCACAGGUCAAACUUAUGAUAGAUCAAGCAUAGAAAAAUGGCUGGCUGCAGGCAAUCUGACUUGUCCAGUCACAAUGCAGAAGCUUCAUGAUCCAACCAUGGUUCCAAACCACACGCUUCGCCAUUUGAUCGAUCGUUGGCUUCAAAUGGGACACCAAUUUGAUCAUGAAGACCUGGUAAUAAUUGAUUCUGUGGCUGCAAUCAAACACAGCUUGGAAUCUCAUGACACCACCUUUGAAACAAAGCUUCAAUUGCUUGAAAACAUUCGAGUUUUGUCCCAAGAAUCAUCGUCCAGAUCUUGUUUGAUCCAGUUAGGCUUCUUGCCUUUUCUGCUAGAGCUAGCUUUUGGUAGAGUUGAGGCCAAGAUAUCAGAAGAGUAUGCCAAGUUCGUAGAACAAGCAUUGUUGUGUGUUUUGAAACUGCUGCCCUUUUGUGAAUUGGAGUCUCUUAAUAUUCUUCUACAAGAAUCCAAAUUUGAAUCUUUCUUAUUUUUGUUCAAGCAUGGUAGUUCGUUGGUGAAGAUGAAUAUUUGUCAAUUGAUAGAGACCACCUCAGCUUCUUCAGAGACUAAUGAACUUCGCUCCAUGCUUGGGAAAAAGAGAGAGCUCUUGCAUGAGAUGGUUCAAUUAGUACACCAGAAUUGUGAAGCUUCAGAUGCAGGAAUUAAAGCCUUGUGGACAUUACUAUCUUCCCCCGAACUGAAUCAAGAAACUUUGAUCACCGAAGGCGUUGUAGACGGACUAGUAUCGUACAUUUCUAGCAGUGAAAGGAGGGAAAGUAAAAGCUUUGAACCAUUGGCUAUGGCCAUUCUUGAGAAGCUUUUAGCACUUGACAGUGCAAAAGAGGCACUCGUGAGUAACCCCAAUGGGAUCACCACUCUCGUCAAGAAAAUUUUCAGGGUUUCCAAUCAUGAGGGGAGUGAAAAUGCCGUCGGAUCACUCAUGGCAGUAUGCUAUGGUUCUUUGCAGGCAAGGGAAGAAGCCAUUGGAGAUGGAGUUUUGACUCAGUUAUUGUUACUUCUUCAAAGCCAGUGUAGUGGAAGAACCAAAACCAAGGCAAGAAUGCUACUCAGGCUUCUUAGAUCUAAGUGGAUUGAAGAUCCAAACCAUGUCUAAUUUCUCUCUGUGGGUUCCAUAUAUAAAAAUAUACACUAUCAGGUUAAAAUUCUCUUCUCUUAAAUAAUGUAGGAUCUGUAUAGGUGUAUAAAGCUGUCUGUUUGGUUUCAACAAGUGAAAAUUUGGUUACUCUCUCAAAAUCCCGCAUGGCAGGUUUUUGCCAUUCGUGCGAAACCAGCUCAUAAGUGGCCAUAGUAAAUUGAUUUAAAUGAACAGUUGUCCCCAAAGAAAUCCCAUCAAUUAAUAGUAUUACAUGUGUAAA